AUGGACACCGAUAUGAUUAGAACCAUUGUCGGCAUUAUUGGCAAUGUAAUCUCUUUUGGCUUAUUUGUCUCCCCAAUCCCAACAUUUGUGAAGAUAAUAAAGCAAAAAUCAGUUGCUGAGUUCAGGCCGGAUCCUUACAUAGUAACAUUGCUCAAUUGUGCUUUGUGGUCAUUCUAUGGUCUGCCAAUAGUCCAUCCUGACAACCUUCUUGUUGUUACGAUUAAUGGCACUGGACUUGUCAUUGAAUUCAUUUACAUCGCCAUCUUUUUCGUAUUCUCUCCCGGAAAAAAGCGCCGAAACAUCAUCAUUGCGCUUCUAGUUGAAGUUGUCUUCUUUGCCGUUGUGGUUUUCAUUACUCUACACUUUUUCCAUGACACUAAAGGCCGGUCUAUGAUAAUUGGGAUCUUGAGUAUUGUCUUCAAUAUCAUUAUGUAUAAUUCACCUUUGACAGUCAUGAAAAUGGUCAUCAAGACAAAGAGCGUCAAGUACAUGCCAUUUUACCUCUCACUCGCAAAUUUGUGCAAUGGAAUUGUCUGGACCAUCUAUGCGCUUCUUAAAUUUGAUCCCUACCUUCUGCUUCCAAAUGGUUUGGGAGCAGUUUCCGGUGCGGUGCAAAUCAUCCUGUAUGCUACCUACUACAAGACCACAAAUUGGGAUGAGGAUGGAUGA